GGUGCAGAUUUACAAGUUAAAAACAUUCAUGAUAAAACUGCAAUCUUUUUGGCUGCUGAGGAAAACAGAGUUGACACCUUAAAGGUGAUCCUGGAGAAUGAAAACGCCAAAGCUUUGAUCAAUGAGAGUGAUAGGUAUGAAAACACUCCACUCCAUGUUGCUGCUAUGAAUGGCUAUGCUUCUGUUGUUCAGGCAUUGUUGGGUAAUAAAGCAAAGAUAAAUGCAAGAAAUGAAGAUGAGAACACCCCUCUGCAUCUGGCUGCAAAAAAUGGAAAAAUAAGGACUGUUCUCGAGCUGAUAAAGAGUGAUCCUACCAUUAUAAAUGAUGAAGAUGAAGCAUCAAACACAGCCCUUCACUUGGCAGCCAUAGAAGGUCACAUAAAGUGCUGCAAGGCUCUGUUAGAAAAAGGAGCUGAAGUGGAUGCUAGGAACGCCACAUUGUGGACACCCCUGGAUUGUGCAGCAGCUAAAGGUCACUUAAAAGUAGCAAACAUCCUGUUGGACUAUGAUUCACCUGUCGAUCCUACUGAUAAGACCAAGACCACACCUUUACAUUUGGCCGCAAAAGAGGGCCAUGCUGAAAUGGUGACGCUCCUGCUGUCUAAAGGUGCUGACAUUACACUAACAGACCUGAGUGGAAGAAACUGCCUCGACUUAGCAGCAGAUCACAGCCGCAAGGAAGCAGCCAUGGCCAUCGUCAACGAUGAACAAUGGAUCGAUGUUCUAAAGAACAAAUCAUGGGAACAGAGUCACGUCACCACUCCAUUGAGAAAACUGAUCAUUAAACUUCCUUCUGUGGCAGAAGCAGUCUUCAACCGUUGUGUCAAAGAAAGUAACCACCAUGUCGAAGACAAGAAGUACGAGUUGACCUUUUACUAUGAGUUUUUGGAAGAUAUCUACUUGGACUGGUCAGAUGGGGGUGAUGCAGCUUCGGAGACGUCCAGUGUAGCGAGCUUUUCAAUGGAAGACGUCGCAGAGGAUGAAGAGUUUAGGAAGAUUCAAGGGUCAGCUGGUGUGGUUGAAGCUGUGACUCGGUUGGAGAAAAAGGAUAGUCAUCCUCUUAUGAUUAUGGUGAAGAAUAAACGUGAACAGUUGCUUGGCCAUCCUCUUGUCACGUUUCUGUUAGACUACAAAUGGAAGACGUUUGGCAGGUACAUUUAUUACUUCAAGCUGGCCCUCUAUUGCUUGUUCUUGAUGUUUUUGACUGGUUACACUGUUUACUUGACUGAGCAUGGCCCAGUUUGUGCCAAUGGAACUGUAGUUGACAAAGGAACUGCGGACGAGAGCUCUGUUCUUUACAUCUUGUGGAUAAGGGUCGGGCGUAUUGUGAUACUGGCGCUAGCAUCGAUGCAUAUUCUUUCUGAGUUGUUCCAACUCGUGUAUCAGCUUAGGCAGUAUUUCUCUUGGGAGAACCUUUUGGAGUGGGGUGUCUAUGUGCUAGCCAUUGUCUACGUAGCUGAUGAGUUCCAAGAGAGUUUAGACACCAGCUGUUCGACGGCGAAAAAAACCAUCGGAGCCUUAUCAAUCUUUCUUGCUUGGAUGGCUUUGGUGUUAUUCAUCAGAAAGUUUCCAAAGCUUGGUAUUUACGUGGUGAUGUUUACAAGCAUUCUCUACACAUUCACGAAAUUCUUCAUGAUCUAUGUGUUGUUCCUAGUGGCCUUUGCGCUUUCGUUUUUUACGCUGUUCUAUGAUCCUAAGCAAAGCGUCCGUGGGUUUGGGGAGCCUAGCCGUGCAAUCGUGAAGACAGCAGUGAUGAUGAUUGGAGAGUUUGACUUCGACGACUUAUUCAACUCGCCAGACCAGGAUGUUCCUGAUGUCGCGUGGUUUAUUUUUAUUGUCUUCUUGAUUAUCAUGACUCUCAUCUUGAUGAACUUAUUGAUUGGUUUGGCUGUGGACGACAUCAAAGGUGUCCAGGAGCAGGCUGUACUCGAGCGCCAAGCCAUGUUGGUUGAUUUAGCAAUGGAUGUAGAGAAAGCUUUACCCAGAAGACUUCGAAAACGGCUUAUACCAGAAAGGGAAGUCGUUCGACCGAACCAAUAUGAAGGAUUCAAAGGUUACUGGUACAGUCCCCCCAUCUCUGCACAGGAAGUCCAAGUAGCGUUGAAGCCGAACAAGUCGUCCCUUGAAGUGUUGUCAGACCGAACGGAUGAACUCCAAGAGACUGUGCUAGGAAUGAAGAAUCGCUUGAAAACAAUGCAGUGUAACCAGGAGGAGAUACAUAAGAUGCUGGUGGGAAUUGUCAAGAAACUUGAUGCCAUCGUCGAAGGAGAUGACGAUGAAGACGAUCAGUUGUUUUAGUCGCGUGAAGUUAUGAAACCGCUGGUCGUUUAGAAUGGCAAAUAACUGGGUUCACGAGCAACGCGUUUACUGAUCAUUAGAGUAGUGAGACUAUUGUAACUUGAAGAAGGAUUCUUAUGUCAUACACACGAGGUUUUUUUGUUGACUGAGUGAUUGAAUAGUGAAUCAUGAAUGUAUUUAUGCACGCAUUAACGUUGUCUUCGUUACGCAACUUGUACUCAGUCUGAGUGGAGCGUUGUAAACCGAACGACAGUUUCAAAGGAGGCUAGUUGCACUCAUACACGAAAAAUGUGUUGAAAAAGUGUUGUUGAAAUUUUAACAGUUCUACUGAUAUUUGUCUACAUUAAGUGUCAGGAAAUAUUUAUACCAGUACCAGAAAUGUGGCUUUCUUUUGCACCACAAAAACAAAAAUAUAUAUGUGGCACUUAAACGACCGCUGUUUGGUUAGUUUAGUUAAUUAUAUAUAGGCUAUUUU